AUGCCAUUCGACUUCGACCGCAUAAUCGACCACCAGCUCUACCUCGCGACCCAGCAGUGCAUCCAGCCGUACGCGCAGCAGAGGAGGGUCAGUAGCGCACCUGCCACUACCGCCUCUGCCGCCGCUGGCGGUCUUGCCAGAAUUGCUGGCGCGCGCAAGUCGUCCCUCGGCUCGCUCGUCUCGCCCUGGGGCGCCUCCAGCGGCAGCGGCAGCAGUAGCAGCAGCAGCAGCAGCAGCAGAAAGUAUCCAACUGUGUACCGUCACUGGUCGAGGCCUUCGGCGCAGGGCUACUCACCGGUCGACCUCUUCUUCACAGCGCCAGUGGGCGUACCAGUGCGCGGCGGCGGCGGCAGACCCCCUGCGCAGCCGGCGCGGGAUGACAGCAGCUCCAGCCUUGACCACUUCGUCACCGCGCCUGUCGGGGACUUCACAACAAGCGCUGCUACUGCUGAUGUGCUACUGCCGCCGCCGCAGCAGCAGCAGCACGGUAAUGGCUCCAGGCCGGGGAGCAGCGAUACAGACAACUGGACGUUCGCGACGGCGAGCGGGGGCAGCGGCCCGGGGAGUAUCUCGGGCUUGGACACGACCGUCGACCUGACGCCAUCACCACCGCCGUCGCUUUGGACAGGCAAAAUUGCUGCACAUACAUCUACAGCAGCAUCACCACAACCUCGGCAACAGCCUCAGUCCGCAGACACAGACACAGGCCCAGGCCCAGCAAGGUGGCAGCCCCUCAACGUGGUCUCGACCAUAACCCUCCAGGUGCAAGACCUGCAGCGCACGAAGCGCUUCUACGAGCGCGUCUUCGGGGCGCCGUGCCUCUCUUCCUCCUCCGAGGACGGCACGUCCGCGACGCUGCGCCUCAACGGCGGCGCACUUGUCGUCACCCUGCGCGAGUCCUCGCCGGACGCGCGGCGCGGAGACGGUGUCGACCGCGGAGGGGUCCUGCUCACCGUGCCCGUGGACGACGUCGGCGAGGUGUGCCGCCGGCUGCGGGGCUUCGCGGAGGAGGAGGGUGCUAUAGCCGGUCAGAGGGUUGCGGAGCCGGUGACUUGGCCCGGGGGCGCGAAGGUUGUCACAUUCUCUGACCCGGCCGGACAUUGCUGGCAGGUCGGGCAGGAUCUCGAGGGCUCAUGA